AUCAAAACGAAAGAUUCCAAAAGCCAAUACCCUAUGAAAAAUUCCAGGAAAAGCAUUACUACAACAAAAAUUAUAAUCAUUAUCAAAAGUCAGUUACUCAAAAGAACAGCUUACAUCAAUUUAUUUAUACAAAACGACCAAAUUAUUAUCAACAGCAACAUAUUCCUCAGAAAUACUGGGCAAUGAGAUACACAUUAUUUUCAAAUUUUGAUCGCGGUAUUAUAUUGGACGAAGAGAGCUUUUAUUCUGUGUGCCCAGAGGUAUUAAGUCACCAUAUAGCUAAACGUUGCAAAAAUAAUACAGUAGUAGAUCCUUUUUGUGGAGCAGGUGGUAACAUUAUACAACUAGCUAAGACGUGCAAAAAAGUUAUAGCGAUUGAUAUUGAUCCAGAAAAAAUAAAAUUGGCACGUCAUAACGCUGAAAUAUGUGGUGUUGCUGAUAAUAUUGAAUUCAUAGUUGGUGACUUUUUUAUAAUUUAUCCAACGAUAAAAGCAGACGUGCUAUUUAUGUCGCCACCAUGGGGAGGACCAGGCUACUCAAUGAAUAAAACAUUUAGUUUAGAAUCUAUGUGUAAAGAUCAUUGGGGAGAAGGUUUUACUAUUUUUGAUCUUGCUAAAAGGAUUGCACCAAACAUUGCUUUUCAUUUACCAAAAAAUACAAACAUAUUAGAAUUAUUGUGGUUAGCAAGAUCUUUUGGAAAAGUGGAGAUACAGCAAAAUAUCAUUAACGAAAAGUUAAACUCAUUAACGGCGUUUUAUGGAAGCUUUAAUGAGAGUAAUUGA